GUGAAAACGACAAAAAGACGACGAACAUUACUCGAAACGAGGAGCAUUGCUUGCGUAGUUGUGCCUGUUUUUUUUCAUUGUUUUGUUCCGGGAGUUUUUUUUUUCGCUUAUAAGGCCCAAGAGUUUCGAACGCAGUUGCCCUUCUAACCAGAACCAAACACCCACCAACGGACGAACUCGAGUCGAAGCUGCGUUUCCAGCCUUUGUUCGUCUUUGUGUUUCCCUGUGCCACGUCUGCUGCCUGUGCUGUUGCUGCUGCUGCUGCUUCGUUUGUUUGUUUGGUCGCCGUGCUGUUUGUUUUUGUGCCUGGAUUAAGGUUACCGGUGCAAAGACUGUGAGAAUCUGUCGAGUGAGUGAAGCCUGCCGGUCCGUUCGUGCAUUCGUCCACCGGAGUCGUCGAUUAGAGUCGACCGAGCUUGAUUUGGCCCUGCUGCCGCUGCUUUCUGAGAGUUUUCGUUGCGUGUUCGACGGGCUCGGUGCUGCUGGUGCUCUACCUGCUGUGCCUGUUGUGUCGUGCUGUCUGUCCCGUGCUUUUGUUGGGCUGUGUCUGUGCUGUCCCUGCACACAUACUCGUUGGCGAGUGAGUGAACUCGAGCGUCGUUGCGUGCGUGUGUGUGUCUGUUUGCGAGCGGAAACGUCUGCAAGUGCGUAGAUUGCGAGUAUCCAAGUGAAGUGUCUCGGGAUAUCGUGUGCGUGUGUGCGCCUCGUCUUCCAUCUGCUGCUUUUGUUUACAAGUCCCGGUCCUGAGUGUGCAUUGUUUACCGACGGCAAGGACCUACUCUGCGACCGCUAGCUGCCUGUGCUCCUACUCUCCCAAACACACUGCCUGUUCCCCUCGUGCUCCUUCUGCGGACCACUACUAGCUUUGUUGCAGACCGAACAACCCUCCUGUGAUCUGGUCCUGCUUGCUACUGCUGCCCUCUGUGCCCGAUCCUGCCGCACAGUGUCGUUGUGUCUAUGGAUUCUCCUCUGUCUUCUGUUCGUGUCCAACCUGCGCUGCAAUCGCCUUCGCGCCCGCACACGGUGAAAGAAGUGCCUCCGAGCAUCGCAAAAACCACCGACCUCAACCUGUUUUUUCCCAAAACGAAGAAGAACAAGAAGUCGCUUCUCAUUGAUCCUUUUCGCAAACCCGCCUGUCUUCCCUCUCCAGCAUCCUCCCUGGCCGCUGAUCUUUCAAUGAACAUGUGCAUUGACAAGAGCCCCUCUUUACCCACUCCCCGACGCUCCCUGUUCCGCUCGCUCUCGUGCAGCAACGACACGCCUGUCCCUGUGGAAAAGCAUUCCAUUGUCGACGAGUCGCCGUCCGACGAGGCCAUUGUAUCUACCUUUCUGCGUCGCUCGCGGAGCAACAACUUCCCCGACGUCGAGGAGUACGCGGAGAUGCUGUCUCCCACACAGCCCAUGUCUCGUGCAGCCUCUCUCUUCGUCCCGAAGGGUCCAAAGGUAUACUCCAAGCUGCCCCCUACCUCCUCUGCCCGCACAUGCACUGUUGAACAGCUUCCCUACCGCCGUCCCAUCAUCUCUCGGCUGCCGACCGGCCUCUCCAAGGCAACCCGGCCGCUCUUGCGUUCGCGCUCCACAUCCUCCAGUUCCAUCCAAAAACGAAGAGCCCUUUCUUCCCACAAUCCUCGUCAGGUCGCACUCGCCAUCCAGCGCACAUGCAGUGAGAGUAGCACCACCACAGUCGAGUCCCUCAUCACCGAUGACGGCACCAUAACACCCUCUGUGGAGGCGGAUGAUCCGUUGGACAUGGACUCGGACUUGUCGCCCUGUCUCAUCGAGCUUCCGGGCAAGCGCGGCGGCAUGGAUUCCGCCUGGAUGGAUGCUCAGCCAGAGGACAGCGAUAUGUUGGAGGACCUGUUCCAGGCAUCCCCUGUUCGCCCGCACCGUUUGGCCCAUUCCACGUCCCUGCACGACGAUUGCGUCCCGGACUCGCCCCUGGCCCCUGGUGCAUUGCCGUAUGCUCGCGAGGAUGCCAACGACUACGACGAUCAGGGAACUCCUCUCAUGCAACGCACCCGCAGCAUGUUCAACAAAAGCCCCUCGCGGCUUGGUGUUUGGAACCAGCAGCCGUUGCUGCAAAUGACUCCCAAGCCGUACUCUGACACACCGCUGGGUGUUUCGACGCGGGUGGAGGAUUACAAGCUGCCUUGCUUUUCGGUCAAAGAAGACUCGCUGAAGCGUAUUAAUCAGGAGACGCUUUUGAGCCUGCUGGACGGGCAAUACAAAGACGUGUUUGAUCAGUUUGUGAUUAUAGACUGCCGUUUUGAGUACGAGUACUCUGGUGGUCACAUUGGAAGUGCCAUCAACCUGAACACAAAGCAGGCAAUCUACGACCACUUCUUCACAAAUCCUCGCAAGAGUCGCGUUGUGCUUAUUUUCCAUUGCGAGCACAGUGCACACCGUGCACCUCGUUUAGCCCUGCACCUGCGCAACACCGACCGUCAGCAGAAUUGCCAUCGUUAUCCAUACCUAUAUUAUCCUGAUGUGUACAUUCUGCACGGCGGCUACAAAUCCUUCUUCGAAAAAAAUAAAGAUCGCUGUCAACCGGCUAAUUAUGUUUCUAUGAAUGACGCCUCGCACGUUAUGACCUGUACGAAGGCUAUGAAUAAUUUUAAACGGAACUCUACUUUUUUAAGGACAAAAAGCUAUACCUUUGGACAACAUCACACCUUCUCAAGCGUCGAGGACUCUCCGACUGCUUCCCAUUCCCUUUCACGCCGUCGCCGCUAUUAAACAUUUUCUCUUUUUCUUUUCUUUUUCUUAUUUCCUUUCUUUCGUGCUAGUGGGGACUGACGUUACUGUUCAUAGACAUUGUCGAAUUGUUCACGCCCAGAACACACGCGUGUCCGCCCGUUUCUUCACGUCUUUUUUCUUGAAUUUGAAACCUCUUUUAGUGGCUGCUGCACCGGGAGCCUAAUGCGAGUUUGUAUACCCGCUCAUCUGCAUGUACAUACACAUUCGUUUUGAUACAUGUUGUGCUCUUUAUUGUCGCUGCAUACAGUAAUCCCCUUUUGCAAGCAUUAGGUAUCUUUUGGCAGCAGCAACUUGCGUUAUGCCUCAUUGAUAAUGAAACAUUUUGUGCUUUUUAACAAGCUAUCAUGUUUUCUAGCCUUAAACAUUUCCCAUCAACUUUUCUUUUACACUUUCCUUUCAUCAGUUUUCCCCAUUUUUCUUUCUAUUUCACUGAGCUGUGUUCACACCGUUUGGCUUCCACUUGUUCUGCUGAGUUGAGCCUUAAGCUCCGAGGAAAGCUUUUGUCUGAUUUACGCUGACGAGCUUGCUUAUUGUUUGAGCAUUUCCGAAUGCCAAAGGGCCAUAGCAUUUCCCCCAAACAAAAGAAACGGUCUUUGGAAACAACGAGCAAGGGAGGGAAGGAGUGAGCGAGGAAGGCAGGAGCAAAAAAAAAGGAAAGCAAUACGAACGAGAGGAUAUUGGAGACAAACAGGGAUUACUGCGUGCAUGUGUUGGAGGAAAAUAGGUAUGGUUGGGUUUACGGUUUGAUGAUGUUAUGACGCACGUCCUGUCUUCUCCUCUCCUCUCGCUCUCCCUCUUGCUCUUUCUUCUUCAUAUAAACGGUUUCUUGCUUUUCGUUUAACUUCACCUAGGAGUGUUUUACUCACUGUUCUCUUAUUUUCUUGCUCGAGCGCGGAAUAUACAUCCGUUUGUUUGAGCGGUGAAGAAAUACUGUCUUACUGGCGCACGAUUCCUUCCCCCAUUGUUUACUGUUUCGCGUCUGUGAAUUGUUGCUGAUCCAGCUAUUCUUCACUGAGUGCCUUUUCGUGUAUCUCAUUUUCUUUGCUCCUGAGUGAAAAAUAAAAAAUUAUCAAAGUACGAAUUUCUACAAGUACGGGGCGAUUAAAGCACAAACAUUACACUUCACUCUCACAUAUACACAAAUAAACAAAACCAAAAGCAAAAAUCAUACACGUUAACACACAAGCAUUGUCGUUCCUUCAACCGAAUCGAGAAUUAUUAUUUUUUUUAACAAGCAGUGAGCCCAUGUUGGAUGCGAGAUACGGAUGACAAGCAGGCUGGGAGGGUAGGAUGCUGGAUGCGAUUGUGGGAAUAUGGAUGAUUCAAGAGCGUUUGACGGCACUCGGUGAGUGUCGAAAGUACUUGAGGCCGAGCCAAUUGAAACUGACCCAAACUAAGGCGACUACAGUGAACAUGAGCACUAGCAAGCAGGGAUAAUAACUCUGGAUGGGGGAGCUCUUGAUUUUUAUUUUCGUUAGCGGUGACGUUUGUAUAGUGCAGAGAUAUGUGUGUCUUCGCACCACAUCUCAAAUUGCAUGAUUGCAUACCUUGCCAUCAAUGUAAAUGGGUACUCGAAUAAGUCCCAGUACGAAGAUCAUACCGAAUACAAAUAUAGACCAUGUGAUUGCCAGAAUGGCGUAUCCCCACAACGCAGUCUUGCUCUGCGGUAAGAAGCCCAUUAUGGCGUAAAAAAUGACAACUGCAAUUCUAGAACACACCCAAGAGAUUUCUGAGGCCGAGUGAUUUGUUAAGGUUUUGUUUACUUGCAGCAGCUUUUCCAGGGCAGGCCGAGCUCAGCCGACAAUGAACGCACAAACUUAUCUAAACGAAUUCGGUAAGAUAACUCAAAAAACAGACAUACAGGAAACGAGCAAAAUGCUCACAAGUACAGCAUUCUAAAACAAAGUGUGACUAAUGCUUUUUCCUAACUAAUAAUACACUUUCGUUUUCACCCUCCCUCAUAUUGAAACCAUUUUCGAUUACCCGUAUGCAACCCCGUGGAAAAGAAAAAAUCUAUAACAGAAUCCGUUGAGAACAAGUCAAGAUAUACGACUUGUAGUUUUUUUUUUGCACUGUCAGCCUCAGCUGCUGCUGCCUUAUCUUCGUAACAAGAGUUCCUGCACCGCUUACGACUUGAUGAGGUCGAGGAAGCUGGUCUUGGAAAGCUCAUUCACCUUUUGUUCACGGGCCGUACGACCUCCAGAAACGGUCUGCGCGGUCUGUUUCGCCUUGACUUGGGUGCUGCGGACAGCAUUGAACAAUUGCACAACACCUCGUUGUGCAAUUCGACGAAGAUUGCGUUCACGUUGAAGAACCUCAGGAAUUUUGUCCUCGCCGUACUCAGACAUCCGAGCAAUCCGGCCGACAUUCUCUUCACGAAGUCGUUCCCGACGUCUGAGUCGCCGAAGCUUGUUGGCCUUCCGAGCUUCUCGGUCUUGAUGUAAAACUUUCCGUGACUUUUUUGACAAACUCAAAAUAGGAGUUUCCUCUUCGUUUUCGGCACCAGCCGGCGCGUUCAAAAUCUCUGCAAUUCCGUCUGCAAACGUCGAUGUUUGUUUUUCUUCCCCGUCAUCAGAACUCAUCUCUUCGUCGAAACUGUCGUUGCUGUCCAAAUCCUCCAAUUCGGAGCCUGAAGAAGACGCCACGUCUUCAGUUUCUGCCGUUUCCUGCACAUAGGGCUUGCUCUCCACAUCCUCCGUCGCGACAAUCUCAAUGUCCUGCGGCUGGCCUUUUCUCUUUGCAGUCUUUGGUGCCAUGGCUGUAGAGAGGAGUCAGCGUAGCAAGCCCGUAAGGUCGUGAGCGCGGCGGAGCUCGUUGGAGAGCGGUAUCGUGUAUAAGGAUGAACUGUAGUGUAACUCUCCGUAGUGCACGAAAGGGCACGGUAAUCCAAGGUGUCGUUAUUCAGUAUAACGCUUUGCAAUGAAGUGCACUG